AUGGCCGCCGACCACAUCGAUACACGAAAAGGAAUGGAUCUCUACGAAAUAGGCUAUCGACAUGCGAUCAGCACAUACAACAAAGCUGUUGCCGCCGCCGAGGAUGUGCCAGAAGCCCUUGCUCCUGUGCUUUUAAAUCGCGCCAUGGCAGAGUUUAAGCUCGGCAACUUUGGGCGAGCACUUGGUGACUUAGAAAAGUCGCUGAGUCUCAUGCCCGGGAAUGCCAAGGCUCACUAUAGGGCGGUGCUCUGUGCGGUUGCGCUGGAAAAGUUUGACGUUGCUUUGCGCCAUUGCGAUGAAGGAGAAAACGUAGUGACCGCAAAUAAUAGUGCACAAGGUCGACGGGAUGUCGCUUUAUUUAAGCAACAGCGGUGGGUAAUGAUGAAAGCGAUGGAGAAAAGCAACAGUUACCAAAGUGAGAAAGAGAGAACGUUGCAGGUAGAGAGGGCACGCAAGGAGAAGAUAGCGUUGAUGGUUGAUGAGAGAGGGAUCACCAUGGGUCUACCAUUGUUUUCGCAGCAGAGGCGUUACUCGUGCACAGAACCACGGGAACGGGACGGGGUGUGGCAUUGGCCGGUGCUCCUCGUGUACCCUGAGGAAAUUGCUCGCCCAGGUGGUGGAGAUCAAAGCGACUUUUUGGAGGAUGUUGCAGAAACGACAAAAAUAGAAGAAAUUCUCGAGUGGAUUUUUGGAGAAGAGGUUGAAGCGCCGUCUUGGGAUGUAAAUCGAGUUUAUCGGUCCACAAACAGUUUACAGAUGCGAUAUCGUACAGAAUGGACCUUGAAGAUAGAAGACGCGGACUCAGAUGAGGAAGAGUCCUUCUGUGGAUCAACAUUGCCAGAAGAUGAGAUUGGCCACUGGAUGGACGUAAGCUCAUCGAGCUCGCUAAAGGAUGUACUAAGGAAAAGAAAUUAUAUUGUGCCCUUGUUUCCAGUAUUCUACGUGAUACCAAGAGAAAUCGAACUUGGGUGAGCUGUAGCCGCCGGUACGAAAAACCAGCUGUAGUCGGCUCUUUGACACAAGAGAAUAUAUACAUGAACAUGUCGGAAUGGCGGCUUUCGGGGCUUGAUCGCUAGCUCGUGGAUGAACAGAUAAGGCAGUGUGCAGUAUUAACUUACGGGCACGAAAUAAACAGGGGACGAGAUAUGAGAAACUCGUCUCACGGUCACGAAACGGCUGCGUUCUUGUACCUUACAUGGUGCUGAAAGUCGUGCAAGGCGGAAGAAAAUGGAUCCCGACCCGAAAGCGCCUUGAGCGAAAGCUCUGCGAUGAAGGAAAGAAGCGGAAUGAAGAUGGCGACGAUGGCUACGACAAAGAGACAGAGCUGGAGCAAGGCCUUCGGGAAGGCGAGAACGCUCGGAGGGCGGUCAAGCGGGCGCUCGUGACGGACAGGAAGGAGAGGCUGUGCGGCAGAGGGCAUAGCUCCAGUGCAAGAGUGGUGACCGGACCACUGGGUGAGAUGCGGUUUGCUGAAAACGAUGUUCGGGGGCCGGGCCGCGGGGAAGGGGGGUGAUGAAGGUGCAAAAGUUGGCAAUUGGGCGAAACGAGGACGGUGUUAUCAACAGGAUGCGGCUCCGCUUUCUCUGUCGGAGGAGCAGGCAAGGGGCGCGUUGAGCUCGUGAAAGAAGUUGUCAAGCAUGGCGAGGAAAGGACAGAGGAAGUUGAGAGCGAACGUGAUAAAAAAGGUAACAUACCGACAGAUCAGUGUCACCAAGUGCACAGAUGCGCGAUUCUUGAAAUGCUGGCAUCUGAUCCUGGGCCGCCCGCCAAGU